AUGGUGGUGAGGAAUGAUGGGGUUGUCUUGGGAGCCCACUGCAAUUGCACAGCUGGACUUGGUGAGAGCUGCUCCCAUGUGUCAGCUGUGUUGUUCAGCAUAUGGCAGCAUAACAAUGGCAGAAAUGAAGCGAUAGCUGUAACAUCUAAGAAGUGCAAGUGGGCCACCCCAACUUUCCCACCUCUGACCGCUGCUGAGCAAGCCCAACUCUACAACACCCUCUCCCAAUGCCGCACACAAGAGGAGCAGAUCAUCAAACCAGUAGUCCUGUCUGUUGUCAAAGAGUAUGCAGCAUCCUAUGUGCCAAAGGCUGUCAUGCUGGAUCUACCAGAACCCCUCACCAACCUGUAUGACAAGCAGGCAAGAGACCUCAACCUGGCAGAGUUACAAGAUCGAGCAGAAGCACUAUUUAAAGACAUAACUGUGACCAAAGAACAGAGUGAUAUUUUAGAGGAGGAGACCCGAGCCCAGUCCAAGUCCAAAACCUGGUUUGAGCAAAGGAGUGGUAGGGUAACAGGAUCUACCUUCAGAGCAGCCACAAAGACAGAUGUCAGAAAGCCUGCAGUGUCUCUGAUAAGACAAAUGUGCUACCCAAAGUCCCAUAGUUUCACCAGUGAGGCUACCAGAUGGGGAUGUCAGCACGAGGAAUUGGCAAGAAAAUACUAUGAAAUGCAGCAUCGCCUCUCACACACGGAUGUCAUGGUAGAAACAGCUGGAUUCAGGAUUUCACCCCUGCACCCAUUUAUUGGGGCCUCACCUGAUGGAUAUGUUUCCUGCAGCUGCUGUGGUUCAGGUGUCAUAGAAAUUAAGUGCCCAUUUUCUGUAAAGGACCUUUCUGUUAAUGAGGCAGUACAUUCUGUUGCUCACUUUUGCCUUGAAAAACAUGCGCAAGAAAAAAUUAGACUGAAGCGGGACCAUGCAUACUAUCAUCAAGUGCAGAUGCAGCUAUUUGUUACUGACAAACCAUAUUGUGAUUUCAUUCUGUGGACUGAAAGGGGAAGCACUUCACUAUUUGUUGAACGCAUCACACCUGAUGUGGCAUUCUUUGACAAAGAAUUGGAAUGUGCUCGUGACUUCUUUAAAAAAUGUAUCAUUCCAGAGCUGCUAGCCAAGUACUUUUCUGCGCCAAAAUCAGCAGCAGCAGCUGAUCAUAGUCAACAACAGUGGUGCUACUGCCGUGAGCCAGAAGCAGGGAACAUGUUGGUCUGUGCAUCAGGUUUUUGUUCAGUUAAAAAGUUUCACCAAACCUGCCUUCCCAUGAAAAGGGUCCCAAAUCAGUGGGUAUGUCCCAGCUGCCGAAAAGUAAUCAAUGCCCCAAAAAAGAAAAAAACCUUAGUGAGGAGACUGUGAAAUGAGUAAAUAGUAGUAGCUGAUACUGUGCUAUCUUAUUUAUGA